GGAAGGACUCCUUUGAUUGCGGAUUGAGAUUUGAAACGGGAAGCGCUUCGAUUGCGGACUGCGGAUUGCCGGUUGCAGCUCGGAACGGAGCUGCUGCUGCUUCGAUUGGGGGCUGCAGCUCCCGAAGGGGGAGCAGCUUAUUUGGGCGCCUCUUCUCAAGCACCGCUGGAUCCAAAUUCGAGGCCUACGACGGACACGGCGACGGCGACGGCGCACGGCAGGCGGCGGCGCAUAACUCACCUCCGAUCCCCUUUCCUCUCUGCCUUUUUUCUCCACCAUCGCCCCCGGCCGGUUCUCCCCCAUCCCCUCCCAUCCUCUCCUCUCCCAGAUCGCGCCGCUAACCGCCGCCGGAACUCCACCCCGCCGACGAGGUCCGACCCCCAGGGGGAUCAGCCAAGAUGGUGCUCGCGCAGCUGGGCGGGAGCAUCUCCCGCGCGCUCGCGCAGAUGAGCAACGCCACGGUGAUCGACGAGAAGGUGCUCGGGGAGUGCCUCAACGAGAUCUCCCGCGCGCUGCUGCAGUCCGACGUCCAGUUCAAGAUGGUCCGCGACAUGCAGACCAACAUCAGGAAGAUCGUCAACCUCGAGACCCUCGCCGCCGGCACCAACAAGCGACGCAUCAUACAGCAGGCCGUCUUCACGGAGCUCUGCAACAUGCUCGAUCCAGGCAAGCCGGCCUUCACCCCCAAGAAGGGCAAGCCCAGCGUCGUCAUGUUCGUCGGGUUGCAAGGUUCUGGAAAAACUACUACCUGUACCAAAUACGCAUAUUAUCAUCAGCGGAAGGGAUUCAAACCAUCAUUGGUUUGUGCCGAUACAUUUCGAGCUGGUGCUUUUGAUCAGUUGAAACAGAAUGCAACCAAGGCUAAGAUACCUUUUUACGGAAGCUACAUGGAAUCAGAUCCUGUGAAAAUUGCUGUUGAGGGUCUAGAAAGGUUCAGGAAAGAGAAUUCUGAUCUCAUCAUUAUUGAUACGAGUGGACGCCAUAAGCAGGAGGCUGCACUCUUUGAGGAAAUGCGUCAAGUUGCCGAAGCAACGAAACCAGACCUGGUGAUAUUUGUGAUGGAUGGCAGCAUUGGUCAGGCUGCAUUUGAUCAGGCACAGGCGUUUAAACAAAGUGCUUCUGUUGGUGCUGUGAUUAUUACAAAAUUGGAUGGUCAUGCAAAAGGAGGCGGUGCACUAAGCGCGGUUGCAGCUACAAAAAGCCCAGUGAUAUUUAUUGGAACUGGAGAACAUAUUGAUGAAUUUGAGAUUUUUGAUGUGAAACCAUUUGUCAGCCGGCUGCUAGGUAUGGGUGACUUGUCUGGCUUAAUGGACAAGAUCCAGGAUGUUAUGCCUGCUGAUCAACAACCUGAGCUUCUGGCAAAGCUGGCUGAAGGAACCUUCACUCUCAGACUUCUGUAUGAGCAAUUUCAAAAUCUUCUGAAAAUGGGUCCAAUUGGCCAGGUAUUCUCCAUGUUGCCUGGAUUUAGUUCAGAGUUGAUGCCAAAAGGACACGAGAAAGAAGGCCAAGCAAAGAUUAAGCGGUACAUGACGAUCAUGGACUCCAUGACAGCUGCAGAGCUCGACAGCACAAACCCGAAGCUGAUGACAGAGUCUCGAAUCAUCCGGAUCGCUCGAGGGUCUGGCAGGCAAAUCAGAGACGUGACGGACAUGCUGGAAGAGUACAAGCGGCUAGCCAAGAUGUGGAGCAAGAUGAAGGGGCUAAAGAUGCCGAAGAACGGAAAGAUGAGCGAUCUGUCCCAGAACCUGAACAUCCAGCAGAUGACCAAAGCCCUCCCGCCCCAAGUGCUGAAGCAGAUGGGCGGCAUGGGCGGCCUGCAGGCCCUGAUGAAGCAGAUGGGCGGCAAGGACAUGAGCAAAAUGCUCGGUGGCAUGGGGCUGGGUGGUGAUUAGCCUGGCAAAUGUAGGUAGUCUCCUCCGGGCAUAGGUGGUGGUGUGUGCUUGCUGCGAUGUGGAAUUUGCUAUAUUUUUAUAGAUAUCUAAAGAUUUCCAUCCUGACAAAGAUUGUUCCCAACUACUUACAACUUUAUUUCGAAUUUCAAUGGAAAUAAGGCCCUGUUUGGUGUCA